AAAAAAAAAAGUUAAAUGUCUCUCAUAUUUCCACAGAUUAAAGUUGAAGUUUUGAAAAUUGAGAAACAUGAUGAGCCUCUCCAUAAGCUCUUAGUGGAAUUGAUAUCGGGGAUUCGGAUAACCAAAUUGGUCGUGGGGUUUACAUUCAUGAAGUCCUCAUCAUGGAAAUCUCGCGGCGCAAUCAGUGGAUCCUUUUAUGUUCACCGGCACAAACCUGAGUUUUGUGAGUUGUUCAUUGUGUGUGGAGGGAAAUUGCUUUUUCUAAGGGAAGACAAUAAUGAAGGAUUUAUAGAGGAUGAUCAAGGAGUCAUCGUUGCUAAGUUUAAAGAAAAGGGUAGUUUCAGAGGUUGGUUAGGGAAAAAGUUGAAUGAAAAUGGAAAUAAUGAGAAAUUUCACGGUAGCCCAUCACCAGUUUCAUCUUCAACAAGAAAUGGUUUCUCAGAUCAAUGGGAAAAUUGUGUGCAAGAGAUUGAAAGUUACUUCAAUCAAUUGUUGUCUUCAAAUUCUGAUGAAGAAGGGUUAGAGGUAGAGAAUGACACCUUGUGGAAUAGUCAAAGAGAGCCAGAGAAAGAUAUUCCUGAAAUUGUGGUAAGUUUUGCUAUUAUAUGGAUAUUGUUUUGAAUUGUGUGGCCACAAACAGUCUUGCUAAAUUUUAGAGUUGUUAGGUAACUAAUGAUGCUUUUGUUCAACAAGUCCACUUAGAUUGCUUCUCCCAAUGAAUUUGCAUUCUUUUUUUUCUUUUUCUUUUUUUUAUCCAAUUUUUUUUUGACUUGAGUGGCAUAUGAUAAUGAUAGAAUGCUACAUUUGGCCUGUUUGGAUGCAAGGCUGCCAAAUGCAUUGCCAAUCC